AUGAAGAGAAAACGUACUCCAAAUGAAAUGCAAAACAUUACUAGCUUCUUUGCUAAAAAGAAUCCUACUCCAACUUCUCUUCCACAUCCAACACAAAAUGAACAAACUAUAACUCCACCUCAAGAAAGUGAACAACUUUCAUCUCCAUCUCAUUAUUCAACUCAAAAUUCCCCUCAAAAUGAACAAGGCCAAUGUUCUCCUAAUGCCCCAAUCUUUGGACAAAGAUUAAGUGAACAUGAAUUUGCUAAUCUUCCACAAGAUCCAGGAAAGAGGAGAAAAAUGAGUCAAUUUCAUAAAGAUGAUAGAGAUUUAGUGAGAAGAAUUUACAUUCAAAGAAAGCCUUGUCAGCCCAAAGACUUUACAUUUCCUCAAACUUCUAUUUUUGGCAAAAAUCGUCGCUUUUGUGCUAAGUGGUUUGAUACUUGGACUUGGCUUGAGUAUAGUGUGGAAAAGGAUGCUGCCUAUUGCUUCCCUUGUUAUCUAUUCAAGGAUGAAAAUGCCUUUGGAGGUGAUGCUUUUGUUAGUGAUGGUUUCAAAUCAUGGAAUCGAUCGGAUUUAAUAAGAAAACAUGUCGGUAAACACUUGAGUGCACAUAAUAAUGUUGUUUUAGCUAUGGAUUUGUUCAAGAAACAAAAUUCAAGCAUCACACAAGCCUUGACAAAACAAACCGCUGAGAGUACAAAUGCAUAUAGGACGCGACUUGAAGCUUCAAUUGAAUCUAUCCAAUGGCUUUUACUCCAAGGGUUGCCUUUCCGUGGUCAUGAUGAAAAAGAAAGUUCCUUAAGAAGAGGUAACUUUCUUUCACUUUUAUCCCUUAUUUCCAAAGGUAAUCCUGAAUAUUCUAAAGUUGUUUUAAAAAAUGCUCCUAGUAAUUGUCAACUUACUUCUCCUAAAGUCCAAAAAGAUAUCAUAAAUGCAUGUGCAAAAGAGACCACUAAAGCAAUGCUUGAAGAUAUUGAUGGUGGUUUGUUUUCUAUCCUUGCUGAUGAGUCCGCUGAUGUUUCUGACAAGGAACAAUUGGCUCUUUGUUUGAGAUAUGUUAAUAGAAAGGGAGAAGUGUGUGAGCGUUUACUUGGUAUUGUGCAUGUUGAAUCCUUAUUAAUGGAGCAUUCUUUGUCUUUCUCUCAAGUACGGGGUCAGGGUUAUGAUGGGGCAAGUAAUAUGCAAGGUUCUAUUAAUGGCCUUAGGACUCUUAUAGAGAAUGAGUGUAAAGAAGCUUAUUUUGUCCACUGCUUUGCUCACCAACUUCAAUUAACUCAAGUUGCACUUGCUAAAAAGAAUUCAGAUUGUGCUUGGUUAUUUGUUGAUGUACUUGCACCUCUCUUGAGUUUUGUGGGGGGUUCACCAAAAAGGAAAGAGUUUCUUCGUGAAAAUCAAGCUCAAAGAGUGGUGGAUGCAUUGUCUCUAGGUGAACUUGAAACGGGUUCAGGUUUAAAUCAAGAACGUGGAUUAGGUAGACCUUGUGAUACUCGUUGGGGAUCUCACUUCAAGACAAUAUUGAAUGUACUUGAUUUAUUCCCUGUAAUCCUUGGUUCUCUUGAGGAUAUUGCAAAAGUAUCUGAUACAAUAGAUUCUAAUAGAGCUCAAACACUUACAAAUCUUCUGAUGUCCUUUGAUUUUGUGUUCGUGGCACACUUGAUGGUUAGUAUAUUUGCGAUAACAAAUGCUUUGAAUGUGGCCUUACAAAAGCACGAACAAGACAUAGUGAAUGCAAUGGCCAUGGUUAAUGUAACCAAGACUAAUUUGCAAAAACUGAGAGAUGAAGGAUAG